AUGAAAUUAUUAAACUGUGUAAUAUUAUUCAUUGUACUUUCCAAUGUAUUUGCCAAUGCCUUCACUGAUGAGGAGGCAUUCCAGAAUUGGGCUGAAGCCUAUGACAAACAAUACACCAGUGAGGAGUUCCAAGAUGCCUUUGCCGCUUGGAAGGCCAACUUAGACAAGGUUGCUGCCACCAACGGAAACCUCAAGGGAGGAGAUGUCGUCUUCAAAUUUGGCGGUGCCUCCAACCUCCGUGCUCUUCACGCUGCCCUUGCCACACCAGUUAUCACCUAUCCAAAGGCUGAUCUUCCAAAGAUGUCCAUGAACAAGUUCAGUGAUAUGACUUAUGAGCAAUUCAGCCAGACAUUCAUGGGUGCUGAUGCUUCAUUGGCUCCAAGUGCUGCUGCUGGUGCUGCCUUGUCCACUGGUGCCAUCGCCGGUAUUGUUGUUGGAGGUGUUGCCGCUAUUGCCCUCGUUGGUGGUCUUACUUACGCCGUGACCAAGAAGAGAGCCGACACCACUGCUGUUGAGACACCACACCAAGAGGUUGAGAUGAAGCGCAAGUCCAUCGGUAUCGAUAUCUUCAAGUUCCGUAGAGACAAGGCUCACAAGUCCAUCACUGCCAGAGGUACACCAAUUGUUGUCUAA